ACAUGCAGAGGACAGACUUAUUACAGACACAGACGGACUCUUGGAAAAUAUAAUUGCACAAAAUAGCAGGACGGAAGAACACGGUUCCUUCAUUUUGUCAAAUUUUUUACACACGUCAUAAACUGAGUCACUACUGCAGCAACACAGAUCAACAAGUAUGGAGGAUUCCAGGCGAGCCAGAUGUGACAGUCUGGAUGCUGGGUCAGGAUGUGAGAAGGAGGUGAUGAACCCAGGUGACUAUAUAACCAUCUACCCUGAGGGUUCAGACCCUGCGGUUACCCUUGAGCCUACACCAGCAGAAUUGGCUCAAUGUGAGGCUGAAGUGGGCACCCUGCUCAGCAUCAUUGCUGAACUGAACAAGAAGAUGGGGUCACUAAGAGCUCCAAGUGAACCAGAUGACACAAGACCACCGGGCCCAUCCAGACCUUUGGUUCCAGACCUUCUGUCUCACAGACUGGUUAGAAGCAGCCCAGAAGGCAACAGUGCAACAUCCAAAUCUCCAGUGACUGACCAAGGGGGCAGAGGCGUUGUCUGGACGAAACUGCAGGAGGUUUUAUCAUCAGUGGAGGACUCCAUCAGCUUCAGAAGGACCUGGGCAGCCCCCAUCACUGCUUCUGACCAGGAGAAGCACCGAGAGCAUCUGCGAGCAGCUCAAGAGAACUGGGUUAAAGCCAGCCAGAUACUGGAAGACAUGGAAAGAGAGUUUGGCAUUUCAUGCCCGUUGAGCCUGCCAAAAGACCAGUACCAGGAAGACCCUCUGGAUGGGGAUGAACGGGAGUAUGUACUCAGAAACACACUGCAGGGUCACCAGGAGGAGCUGCAGAGAGCGCAGAGUACCAUCAUCCAGGUGGAAGAGGAGAAGAACAAGUUGGUUGGUCUCCAUAAGGCCUGGAGGUCAGGCAGCCACAUCCCUUCGUACCGGUCCACUGCUGGGGCCCUAAGUCCAGACUGGGCCUCUCCUUCCUACCCUGGUUCACCUUUACUCCACAGGAGAGCAAACAGAGUUAUGACACCUCUGACUGUGGGUGGAGAUGGAUCUCCACUGGGCUCAGUUAACUCAGGCAGUGCUUGUCCCAGUCCCCUCAGCCUAGAGUCUGAGACAGAGCGACUGAACAGAUACAUCGAGAAGCUGAAGGCCAGAAAUGAACGUCUCACUGCAGCUCUAGAGCGAAAGAAGGGAGAGUCUGAGCAGAUCAGUCUCACACUAAACAGACUGGAGUCCAACUGCUCGGCCCUGCAGAUGGCUCUCAGAUACUGUGAGGAGUGUGAAGAGGCCUACAGCGAGCUACUGUCACUUUAUGAUGCCAGGAAGCAGCAAAGCAGUCCUCUGCAGAGUGUCUCAGCAGAGCCAGUCAGUGACAGACAGGAGCCAGACAGUCCAUUAGCUCAGCUGAGGAAAAUGGGAACUGAAGAGCUGUCCACCUCCUUCUCAACAGCAGGGGUCACAGAGGAGACGGAAACACAGAGUCACACAGGGCAGAGGACACCCAAGCCUGAGGAUCGGGAGGCAACUCUCCGACAGCAAAUUGAGCGCCUAAAGAGGGACCGGGCAGCCAUUUGUCUCCCUAAGCCAGGUCCGGGAGUAGAGAGCAAACUGAGCCCAGCUGGACAAAGAUGGGAUCAUGUGACUAAAGACAACACCAAAGCUCCUGAUAACAAGAAGGAGAAGGCGUCCUUGUUUUAUGAACUUAUCUCAGUCAGGGAGGAGAUGUCAGAUCUGCGAGCUUUAAUCCGACUCAAGGAGAAAGAGCUGAGGUGUCUGGAGUGGAGUUUAAUGGGCCAGAAGACUCAGGAAGCAGCUGGAGUUUUCAUCCCAGAAAGCCUCAGAGACGAGGCCGAAGAUCGUAAGGCCGAACAACAGAAUUCAGCUAAGCUCGGUUGUGAUGGGGACAUUAUUGGUUAUAGAACAAGACCCAUUCUGAAAGAGCUGCAGGCAGUCCUACAGAGGGAGCAAGCCUUGAAGAAGAGACUGGCUUUGGUCCAUGAGUCACUGAAUGCAGCUGUCUCAGACAGUGCCUCCCACAGGAGGGACAAUGGAGAGCAGAUAGCUCGGCUCACGCAAGCUCACAGCAAAGCCUUGAAUUCGUACCGUCAGAUACGCAGAAAGUAUCGGGAGCAGGUGUGGAGGCUGGAGCAGAAGUUGGCGGCCAUGAUGGAGAGUCAACACAGCCAGAGCGGAGCAACAAAAGCUGCAGAGGAAGCCUUGGAGUGGAGGAGGGAAGAGACUGUUCUAUGAGACAUCAAGUCUUCAUUAAAAAAAAUGAGCCAUCUUUAUAGCCAGAGCUUAACAGCUACAUAUAAAAAUAUGAUGAAUAUAAGCUUCCUCUGUUAUCUAUUUUAUAUUAGAUGCUUAUAUUUUUUGCCUUUUUCUGGCCCUGUAAAGAAAUAUCUAUUUAUCUAUUAAUCAUGAAUGACAUCUGGCACUUUCUAUGGUUCUCGGGAGGUAAAAAUAAAAAAACGAAGGGGACUCAUUUCUGCCUUUUCAAUUUUUGUAAGACUGACCAGUAAACUGAAUUGGACUCCAAAGCUUAACUUGUCUAAAAGGACGCAUUCCUUAUUUGAGACAAACAGCUGUCAUGCAGUCAUUGCUGUGCAAGCCUGACUCAAUGACUGAGCCCACUGUGGACCUCAGGACUGAUUUCAAGAGUCCAUUUUCCUGUAAAUGCCAGCUCUAUAAAGCCACUUCCAGGCAACCUUCCUCUCAGGACAAAGUUCCAACAAGGGGGAUUGGGGGGGGGGUGUACAGAUCUUUGGAAAUGUCUUCCUCUUAUAUUCGUGCUUUAAUCCCAAUAUACUGAGUGACAUGCUCCUAUCUUACAAUGAAAGUUCCCUGGAUGAAAAUGGAUAGUAAGUGACAGAAUGAGCAUUUAAUGAUGGUGCCCAGCUGAGUUAGAGCUUUAGAGAAAUGAAUCACACGGCAGGGAAAUUAGAAAUGUUUUGAUAGUGGAAAUCUACUCCUUGUCUUUUUUUUUCUAAGAAAAUGUAAAUGCAAUCACUAAACACAUUAUGUGAAAGCAAACACUGAUGAGAACCUGCCACAAAACAAGCUAAGAGUACUCCACCAAUUAAACACUGCAGUUCCAUAAAGGUGUACAAUUAAAACAAUAAAAAUGAACAUGGUGGAUGCAAACAUUUUGUCAUUUUAAACUCAUGCAUUCCUCAUCUGUAAGCACAUCUACGCUCUUAGUAUUAGAUUUAAGUGAUUCCCGUAAUUCUACCACUACAUCCCAUCUAGCAGUUCCCCUAGAGUCAAAAAGAGCUUCAUAAAAUCAAAAGCAAAACUAUUUAAAGAUAUAUACAAUGCAUAUGUUGAGGAAGUAUUAUAUUUUUUAAUUAUUAAUUCCAAAUUCAGUGGACUGACCCUUUAAGUGCCUAGCUUAUUCAUCUUCUCGCCUUCCUUGUCACCCACUCGUUCAUAUUUCAAUCUUUCUGCCUUUUCUUUUCAUUUCCUCCCCCUCCAUCUCCAUCUCUCACCCCUCUCCCUCUUCCAGUUGACACUGUGCCCUGACCUACCCGAGCAGGUUAGCUGCAGCUGUGACUGCCGGUCAGGAGGUUAAGGCAAAGGUUGAGUGUCACACCCACAGGGUCACAGUGAUGCCUGCCUGUUGUGUUAGGCUGUGAAUGGAGGGUUCAGAGCGCCAGACGAGUUGGCGAGCCCCUGACGCUCUGACUCCUGCUUGAGCUCGCCCUUUACCGAGCAGAGGUCACAGCAGAGGGCCCAUCCUGCUGCUCCCCCCAUACCUCCAGGUCACCAUCGCUAUUGUUGUAAUAGCUGCCAUUAGAGCAGAUGAUACAAUUAUCUUUCCAUUUUGUGUUGCCGCUCUCUAAGAUCUAUGUUAAGCUUCUGAGUUCAUCAAAGGUUUUUUUAGAUGACAUGAUUGUUGUAACCUCUGGGUGACUCUUGUAUCAAAGGCAGCACAAUAAAGCAAAAUGUCUGAUGGAAA